AUGAGGAACAGGGCUAGCAACACUUUGUCGAAAGGCAAACUCCGUCAAUCAUGGAGCAAAUACAACCUCUAUAACAUUUCGCGGUUCCGCAGCCCUGCUACCACGAACCGAACAUUUUUCCAGCAGAAGUGGUCUGCGAAGGCUGCUUCGCGUGCCUAUCACGGCGAGCAAGUCCGCGAGGGUCAAUGGAAGCGCAUGUUCUCCCGCCACAUCAAGAGCGUCAUCCCCAUGAACACCGCCGACUUGGCUACCGAUGAUGGAUCCUUGGUCUCCGCUGGUCGUGGCUCUGGUCUGACCCAGGAAGAGAAGCCCAGAUACACUGUCCGCCAAACACCUUACACCAGUAUGACCUUCGCGCCCCUGGAGCGACGUUUGGACGUUGCUAUCUUCCGAGCUAUGUUCGCCAGCAGUGCUAGACAGGCACGACAGUUUGUCAUCCACGGAGCUGUCACUGUCAAUGGACAGAAGAUGAGACACCCCAGCUACCUCCUCAACCCCGGUGACCUAUUUCAAGUCGAGCCCGAUCGUGUCAUGUUCGCUACCGGAACCCCCAAAAAUAAGUUUGAGCGUCGGGAGAGCCGAUUGGCUCAAAAGCCAGCGAAGGAGGCGGAGGAAGACACGCAAACAGACAAGGCGGAGACCAAGGAGUCAGAAGAAUUGAAGAGCCCCAAGGAGACUUUGAAGGCACUUAUGGCCCAGGCUAAGGCAAUCAUGUCGAAUGAUAAGGACACCCUCCCUGCCAAGCGCAAGCAGGAGCUCCGCGGUUUCCAGAAGGCGGUCCGCCGUGUACUGUCUCGCUCCGGUUCCGAAGCCAGCAACAUCCUCACACAAAGCUUGAGGGUGCAAUUCUCCCACUUGACAGAGAUCCUCAAGGCCAAGCGUGAGACAAAGGGUUCAAAGCAAGACAAGCGGACUCCCAAGCCUGAAACAGAUGAUUCUCUCGACUUUGAGGCCGACGAGCCUGCCGCCAGUGACAAGCUCUCCGCCGCUUUCGAGCAGGCAACCCUCGGCAAAGAUGUCAAUGUCUCCGAGCUGUCAAAUGAGGAGUUCGACACCCUUAAGCGCGCUCUCACCCAGAUGCGCGACAACCCCAUUGAUAACACCAAGUCUUAUGCCACCCCUUGGCAACCGCGUGACUACAUGUCCGCCUUUGCCUUCAUCCCGCGCUACCUCGAAGUCAACCAGAACAUCUGUGCUGCCGUGUACCUGCGUCACCCCGUGGCUCGCCCCGGCUCCGCUGAGGUUCCCACUCCCUUCGGCGAGUCCAUCGCCACUCCAGCCUAUGGUUGGUACCUGAGAAGACGUUGGUAG